AACAAAUGACUCAAACACGAACGAACAUGUGUUUACGCAACAAUUUUCUUUUUGAAAAUAAAUAAUCUAUCACGUCCCUUAAUUUUAGCCAAAAUUUUGCAAUAAAUUCCGCACUAAUAUGUUAUUACGAAGUCUAAUCAUAUUAAGAAAUUGCACCACCUUAGUUUGUCAAAACAUUUUUCAUCAAGUAUUUGUAUUAUAUUAUCCACUUGACAUGUGUACAUAUGCGCUUAGAAUAUCCGUCAAAUUGACCAAAAUAAUUGAGAACUUAUAACUAGAAAAAUCAAAUUUCUUUUCUAGUUAUUUAAUAGUUUAGCAUAGGUUUUCCGUACUCAGCGAAACCUACGUAAUGUAUCAAAGCCGAUGGUGUACUUUAUACAAGCUUUUUUAGCUGGUUGCGUCGGCUCCAUUGUCUAUCAGCAACCAUUCGAAAGAUAGGUGAAAUAAUGCACACCGAUGAACAAACAAGGUGCUUACCCAAAGAUCUUGGAAAACUAUGUAUUAACUAUUAAACUAUACAAUCCAGAAACUCACAAGAGCUCCCAUAGAAGUUAUAAAAUGAACCAAGUUAAUUUUGAUUAUUUUCUCUAUCAUAUUCAAUACGUAGGUAUUUUUUUCAAUCAUUUCUCCUUUUAGUACAUAUAAAAAGAAACAAAAAAGAGUGGGCCAUUCUUUAUUUAAAAAUAUAAAUUGAUUGGAGGAGAUUUUCCUAUAUAAAGAGCACUUUCUCACCAUUUUAUCUCAUCACCAAACAAAAACAUUCAAAUCUCAUAUACUAAAUAACAUCCUCUUGAGAGACAAUAAAGAGAAUGGCACUUCUUCACUUGUCUCUCUCCCUCUUCUCAUGUCUCUUCCUUGUCCUAGCUCCGACUUACGUUGCUUCCUCUCAUGUCUCCGACCCUGAACUCGUUGUUCAAGAAGUUAACCAACAUAUAAAUGCUUCUAGGAGGAAUCUUGGUGUCCUCUCAUGUGGGACCGGAAAUCCAAUAGACGACUGCUGGAGAUGCGACCCCAAGUGGGAGAAAAACCGACAACGACUAGCUGAUUGCGCCAUUGGGUUUGGCAAACGCGCAAUAGGCGGCCGUGACGGCAAAAUAUACGUGGUGACCGACCCGAGCGACAAAGACGCGGUUAACCCUAAACCCGGAACGCUAAGACACGCUGUGAUCCAGGAAGAACCGCUAUGGAUCAUCUUCGCACGUGACAUGGUCAUAAAGCUGAAAGAAGAGCUGAUCAUGAACUCCUUCAAGACCAUAGAUGGACGUGGAGCGAACGUCCACAUCGCUGGCGGCGCGUGCAUCACUGUCCAGUACGUGACUAACAUCAUCAUCCACGGCGUAAGCAUCCACGACUGCAAGAAGAGAGGCAAUGCUUACGUUAGAGAUUCUCCAUCGCAUUAUGGGUGGAGGACUGCGUCUGAUGGUGACGCAGUCUCUAUUUUUGGUGGAUCCCACGUGUGGGUAGACCAUUGCUCGUUGUCGAACUGCGCGGACGGUCUGGUCGACGUGAUCCAUGGGUCGACGGCCAUUACGAUCUCUAAUAACUACUUGACGCACCACGACAAAGUGAUGCUUUUGGGACACAGUGAUUCGUACACGAGAGACAAGAACAUGCAAGUCACCAUUGCUUUUAAUCAUUUUGGUGAAGGGCUUGUUCAGAGAAUGCCCAGAUGUAGGCAUGGAUAUUUUCAUGUGGUAAAUAACGAUUAUACGCAUUGGAAAAUGUAUGCAAUUGGUGGGAGUGCGGCUCCAACGAUUAACAGUCAAGGCAAUAGAUUUCUUGCUCCAAACGAUAAAGUCUUUAAAGAGGUGACUAAAUACGAAGAUGCACCUCAAAGCAAAUGGAAGAAUUGGAACUGGAGAUCAGAAGGUGACUUGUUCUUAAACGGUGCGUUCUUCACGCCCUCAGGUGGAAGAGCUUCUUCAAAGUAUGCAAAAGCUUCUAGUCUGUCCGCUAGACCGUCCUCGUUGGUAGCUUCCGUCACGGGCAAUGCUGGUGCUCUCUCUUGUAAGAAAGGAUCUCGAUGUUAAUCUGAUCCAUCUACUAAAGUUAUAAUGUAUCUAAUUAAAUUGAAAAAGGAUGUUCUCGUCCUACUAUGUCAAUAUUUUGUUGCCCUUUAGUUUUUUUAAUUAUGGGGAGGGUUAAAGUUGUAAGUUGGACUUGAUGUGUAUACUAAAGUAUUGUAUGGAUUCCCUUUGGACCAAUGGGUUUCUUUUAAACUUUUUGGAGUAGGGACCAAUGUAUGUUGUGGUGGGGAUGUGUGCAAGUGCUGCAAGAUUGUUGAUUCUA